CAUCCCUUUUAGUCAAGAAAUCUGCUACACAAAUAAUUCUGAUUCAUCUUUUUUUGGCACAACACAAAUCAAACAGUCUCACUCUCACUGGAUUCAAUCAGAAAAAAGUUGUGAAUUUUGAUAUUGUUAGUUAGUAGUGAGCAUUAAUUAUGAUUAAGCAACAAAUUAUAUUUGGUGGGUAGCUCUCUCUAAUAAAAGCGUGGCGAUCGACUAUUCGAGUUCAGCUCCACUUCCACUUCGUGGAUUCGUACUUCCGCAAAAUCCAAAGCUCAGAACUUGUUUUCUAAUCUCCACUUCUCACUCACGCUGGAGCUUGGAUUAUUCUAUCUUACUUGACUUCAUAGAUGUACAAAUUGAUACGGGCCCGGGAUUUGAAGUUAGCUUGAUUUCAUCUUAGGACUGAAUCCCGUGCGAAACACGUUUUCUCGGAUUGGAGGAAUCGUGAGCGAGAUAGUUCUACGAGGAUAAUAAAAAUCUAUAGUUGUCUAUGAAGGCACCCAAGUCAUGGAGGUGGCAGACGAAGACAUAACAUUUCUUAUUUGACCAGGUAUAACUGCAGAGAGUACUUGGAGUGAAGAUGAAACAACUCCCAUUCAUGGGAGUUGUCUGUACAGUGAUGUUGUUUAUUAUAUACAGGACAACAAUUUUUCAGUAUCAACAAGCAGAGGAGAUUUUGGAUAUGCCUUUUUCUACUGCCAUGAUGAUUGAUUACUAAUUUCUCUCGAAGUACUUGUCCAUGACAAAUUUUUCCACUUAUUUUCCUUCAUGUGCAUCAGAUGGAACAAAAACUGGAUUCUUUUUAUACGUUGAAGGACUCAGGUGUGGAUACCAUGGAGAAGUUGCCUCGUGGUAUCAUUGAAGCAAAGUCAGACCUGGAGUUAAAGCCUCUAUGGACAAGCAGCAGUGCCAAUUCAAAGGACCGUGCUCAGCGCUCUGUUAAUUUGCUAGCGAUGCCUGUUGGAAUCAAGCAGAAGAAAAAUGUUAAUACUGUUGUGCGAAAGUUUCUUUCAGAAAAUUUCACAAUUGUGUUGUUUCACUAUGAUGGAAACUUGGAUGGAUGGUGGGACCUACGUUGGAGCAAGCAAGCUACACAUAUAGUUGCUCUCAACCAAACAAAAUGGUGGUUUGCCAAACGCUUUUUACAUCCAGCUAUUGUGUCCAUCUAUGAUUACAUAUUCCUGUGGGAUGAAGAUUUGGGGGUUAAGAAUUUUCACCCUGGAAGGUAUCUGGACAUUGUAAAAUCAGAAGGACUUGAAAUAUCUCAGCCAGCUUUGGACCCAAAUUCUACUGGCAUACAUCAUCGGAUCACUAUAAGAAACCGAAUGAGUACAUUUCAUAGAAGAGUCUAUGAUGCCAGAGGUAGUAUUAAGUGCUCAGAUGAUAGUGAAGGGCCUCCAUGCAGUGGUUUUGUAGAAGGCAUGGCUCCUGUGUUUUCGAGAUCAGCAUGGCAUUGUGCCUGGCACUUGAUACAGAAUGAUCUUGUUCAUGGAUGGGGAAUGGACAUUAAACUUGGCUAUUGUGCACAGGGGGAUCGCACGAAAAAGAUAGGAGUUGUUGACAGUGAAUAUGUAGUUCAUCAGAGCAUACAAACAUUGGGUGGUGCAUCUGCUAAAAAGGCUGUGAAUUCUGAAGUGACUACAAAGAAGCAUGGUGUUGAUGUUAGAUUAGAGAUACGGAAGCAAUCUUCGAUGGAGCUUCAAAAAUUCAAGGAACGAUGGGACCGAGCUGUUAGGGAAGACAGAAACUGGGUCGACCCGUUUUCCUCAGCCCAAAGACGCAGAUUUUGGGGCUAUUACAGACGUGCCAAAGUUUAAAUAGCCAAAAUUUAAUCUCUGCAAUUUUAGUAAGUUAGCGUAUCAAACCUAUAAUGUUUAUAUUUUGGUUCCUUUUCUUUUAUCCAGUCAAGAUUGGGUCUAUACCUGCAGCUGAUCAUAUGAAAAUGGAAAGAUAUAUUGAUGAAAAUACAGAAGAAGGAAAAAAAGUGAUUUGCAAUUUAA